GCGCGGCCUACGCUCCGUUCAGAGAUGUGCGUGGCGGCGUCGGCGUCGGCGGCGGGGGCGGCGGCCUGCACCGGACGCAGUACGUGCACUCGCCCUACGAGCGGCCCGGCUGGGCCCCGCCCCGCUUCUGCAUCAUUUCCGGAAACCAGCUGCUCAUGCUGGACGAGGAGGAAAUCCACCCGCUGCUGCUUCGGGACCGGCGGAGCGAGGCCAACCGCAACAAGCUGCUCCGGAGGACCGUCUCUGUGCCCGUCGAGGGUCGCGGACACCCGGAGCACGAGCCGCACGUGGGCCGGUCCCGGCGGAAGAGCGUCCCGGGGGGCAAGCAGUACAGCAUGGAGGCCGCCCCCGCCGCCCCCUUCCGACCCUCGCACGGUUUCCUGAGCCGCCGGCUGAAGAGCUCCAUCAAGCGCACCAAGUCGCAGCCCAAGCUGGACCGGACCAGCAGCUUCCGACAGAUCCUGCCCCGCUUCCGCAGCGCCGACCAUGACCGGGCCCGGCUGAUGCAGAGCUUCAAGGAGUCGCACUCGCACGAGUCCCUGCUGAGCCCGAGCAGCGCGGCCGAGGCCCUGGAGCUCAACCUGGACGAGGACUCCAUCAUCAAGCCCGUCCACAGCUCCAUCCUCGGCCAGGAGUUCUGCUUCGAGGUGACGACGUCAUCGGGCACCAAGUGCUUCGCCUGCCGGUCGGCGGCCGAGCGGGACAAAUGGAUCGAGAACCUGCAGCGGGCCGUCAAACCCAACAAGGACAACAGCCGCCGGGUGGACAACGUGCUGAAGCUGUGGAUCAUCGAGGCGCGGGAGCUGCCGCCCAAGAAGCGCUACUACUGCGAGCUGUGCCUGGACGACAUGCUGUACGCCCGCACCACGGCCAAGCCGCGGGCGGCCUCGGGGGACACGGUCUUCUGGGGCGAGCACUUCGAGUUCAACAACCUGCCGGCCGUGCGCUCCCUGCGCCUGCACCUCUACCGCGACUCGGACAAGAAGCGCAAGAAGGACAAGGCCGGCUACGUGGGCCUGGUGUCCGUGCCCGUGGCCGCCCUGGCGGGACGCCACUUCACCGAGCAGUGGUUCCCCGUCAGCCAGCCCCAGGGCAGCGGGGGCUCGGGCGGCGCCGCGGCGGGCGGCGGCGGCGGGGCGGGGGGGCACCGCGGCGGGGGGGCGGCGGCGGCGCGGGGGGGCGGCGGCCCCGGGGCCGCCGGCAAGGCCAAGGGCGGCUGCCCGGCCCUGCGGCUGAAGGCCCGCUACCAGACCAUGAGCAUCCUGCCCAUGGAGCUCUACAAGGAGUUCGCCGAGUACGUCACCAACCACUACCGCAUGCUCUGCGCCGUGCUGGAGCCCGCCCUGGGCCUCAAGGGCAAGGAGGAGGUGGCCUGCGCCCUCGUCCACAUCCUGCAGAGCACGGGCAAGGCCAAGGACUUCCUGUCGGACAUGGCGAUGACGGAGGUGGACCGCUUCCUGGAGCGCGAGCACCUCAUCUUCCGCGAGAACACGCUGGCCACCAAAGCCAUAGAGGAGUAUCUGCGCCUCAUCGGACAGAAGUACCUCAAGGACGCCAUCGGAGAGUUCAUCCGGGCGCUGUACGAGUCGGAGGAGGACUGUGAAGUAGACCCCAUCAAGUGCUCCUCCUCCUCCACGCUGGCCGAGCACCAGGCCAACCUGCGCAUGUGCUGCGAGCUGGCGCUCUGCAAGGUCGUCAACUCCCACUGCGUGUUCCCCCGGGAGCUGAAGGAGGUGUUCGCCUCGUGGCGGCUGCGCUGCGCGGAGCGCGGGCGGGAGGACAUCGCGGACCGGCUGAUCAGCGCCUCGCUGUUCCUGCGCUUCCUGUGCCCGGCCGUCAUGUCGCCCAGCCUGUUCGGCCUCAUGCAGGAGUACCCCGACGACCAGACCGCCCGCACCCUCGCACUCAUCGCCAAGGUCAUCCAGAACCUCGCCAACUUCUCCAAGUUCGGGCCGAAGGAGGACUACCUGGCCUUCAUGAACGAGUUCCUGGAGCUGGAGUGGGCGUCCAUGCAGCAGUUCCUCUACGAGAUCUCCAACCUGGACACGCUCACCAACAGCAGCAGCUUCGAGGGCUACAUCGACCUGGGCCGCGAGCUCUCCGCCCUCCACGCCCUGCUCUGGGAGCUGCUGCCCCAGCUGGGAAAGGAGGCUCUGCUGAAGCUGGGCCCGCUCCCGCGCCUGCUGAACGACAUCAGCGUGGCCCUGCGCAACCCCCACGUGCAGCGGCAGCCCAGCCGCCAGGGCGAGCGGCUGGGCCCGGACCCCCGCCUGGGCCCGGACCCCCGCCUGGGCCCCGACCCCCGGCUGCACGGCGCCGACCCCCGCCUCCACGCCGCCGACCCCCGGCUCCACGCCGCCGACCCCCGCCUCCAGCCCCGGCCCUCCGUGGUCCUCCGCGGACCCUCCGCCGCCGAGCUGCAGGGCUACGUCAUGCGGGACCUCAACAGCUCCAUCGACCUCCAGUCCUUCAUGGUGCAAGGCCUGAACAGCUCCGUGGAGCUGGGCCGCCUGCCGUCGCCGACCAAGGAGAAGGCCCCGGGCCCGGGCGGGGGCAAGGACCUGUUCUUCGUCAGCCGGCCGCCGCUGGCCCGCUCGUCGCCGGCCUACUGCACCAGCAGCUCGGACAUCACGGAGCCCGACCAGAAGAUGCUGACGGUGAACAAGAGCGUGUCCAUGCUGGACCUGCAGGGCGAGGCGGCCCCGGGCCGGCUGAGCAGCAGCAGCGUGUCCAACCUGGCGGCCGUGGGCGACUUCCUGCACGGCAGCCAGGCCUCGCUGACGGCCGCCCUGGGCCUGCGGCCGGCCCCGGCCCGGCCGGCCCGCGAGGCCGGGCCCGCCCCGCCGCCCCUGCGGGUGCCCCUGUCCUUCCAGAACCCGCUCUUCCACCUGGCCGCCGACGGGCCGGGCCCGCCGCCCCCGCCGCCCCCGCACCCGCCCCAGCACCACCACCACCACCACCACCACCACCACCCGCGCCACCAGCACCGGGGCGGCGAGCCCCCCGGGGACGCCUUCGCCCCCUUCCACGGCUACAGCAAGAGCGAGGACCUGUCGGGCGGGCCCAAGCCGCCGCCGCCGGCCUCCAUCCUGCACAGCCACAGCUACAGCGACGAGCUGGGCGGCGGCGCCUCGUCGGCCGCCGCCGCCUCGGCCGCCGCCGCCGCCGCCGCCGCCGCCGCCGCCGCCGACUUCACCCGCCGCCAGCUGUCCCUGCAGGACAACCUGCAGCACAUGCUCUCCCCGCCCCAGAUCACCAUCGGACCCCAGCGCGGGCCCGACCCGCCGCCCCUGCAGAGGGGCAAGUCCCAGCAGCUGACGGUGGGCGCCGCCCAGAAGGCCCGCCCGUCCAGCGGCAACCUGCUCCAGUCGCCCGAGCCCAGCUACGGGCCCGCCCGGCCCCGCCAGCAGCCGGGCCUCGCCAAGGACGGGGGCCCGGGAGGGGCCGGCGUGGCCGGAGCCGGCGGCCCGGGCGGCGCCGGCCUCAAGCCCACCAUCGCCAAGCAGCUGUCGCAGGCGCCGUCCACGCUGAACCCCACGAUGCCGGCCUCGGAGCGCACGGUGGCCUGGGUGUCCAACAUGCCCCACCUGUCCGCCGACAUCGAGAGCGCCCACAUCGAGCGCGAGGAGUUCAAGCUGAAGGAGUACUCCAAGUCCAUGGACGAGAGCCGGCUGGACAGGGUGAAGGAGUACGAGGAGGAGAUCCACUCGCUGAAGGAGCGGCUGCACCUGUCCAACCGCAAGCUGGAGGAGUACGAGCGGCGCCUGCUGUCGCAGGAGGAGCAGACCAGCAAGAUCCUGCUGCAGUACCAGGCCCGGCUGGAGCAGAGCGAGAAGCGGCUCCGCCAGCAGCAGGUCGAGAAGGACUCCCAGAUCAAGAGCAUCAUCGGCAGGCUGAUGCUGGUGGAGGAAGAGCUGCGCCGGGACCACCCUCCGCCCCCCGUCAUGGCCGCCGACCCGCCGCUGCCCGACCCCAAGAAGAGGCUGCUUGACGCUCAGGAGAGGCAGUUUUCCGCCUUGGGUCCAGCAAACCCGCGUCUGACCGUGGCCCCGCCGUGGAACGGACUGACCCCCCCGCCGCCGCCGCCGCCGCCGCCGCUGUGUGGUGAAACGGAAAUCAUGUUUAAUAAAAACGGAGAGAUUGUUCUUUUCCCGCCGCCGUCGUCGUCGUCGUCGCCAGCUUUUCCGGGCCCGCACAUGGCGGACGCCGCGGCUUCACCCCUUGCAAAGAUGGCGGCCGCCGCCUCAGCCGCAGCUUUUCCUUACAAAGAUGGCGGCCGCUGCGUCCUCACCCCUUACAAAGAUGGCCGCCACCGCGCCCGGCGCCCCCUGGUGGUGAUGAUGCAGUACGGCGCCCCCCGCCGCUAG